AUGGGGCUGUCCAGAAUGCUCUCCCGAGUGGCCCAGGGCCUUCGUAGCGGCCUCAAGGGUCGCGUUGCAGCUCCAGUGACGGGCGCCUUCCGCAACAGCUUUACCGUGGUCGAGGAGGCCACCCCGCGGCUGAACCGCUGCGAGCUCUACGUGCCGGGGACACAAGCCAAGAUCAUCCCCAAGGCUGCCAAGUCAAAGGCGGAUGUCGUGGUCAUGGACUUGGAGGACUCCGUGGCGGCUGGUGAGAAGGAGACAGCCCGCAAGAACGUGAUCCACGCCCUGAAGGAGGUGGACUUUGGCAACAAGACGGUGGCAGUCCGUAUCAACGGGCUCUACAGCCAUCACAUGUACAAGGAUGUGGUCGAAAUCAUUGAGCAGGCUGGUGAGCGGUGCGACGUGUUUAUCGUGCCCAUGGUUGGCACUGACAAGGACGUUUACAUGGCUGAUGCCCUGGUGAGCCAAGUCGAGACUGCGGUCGGCCGCAAGAAGAAGCUCGGCUUCGGGCUUAUCAUCGAGGCGACCAUGGGCAUGAUGAACAUCCAUGCCAUCGCUGGCGCCUCGAAGCGCAACGAGUCGCUUCACUUCGGCGUCGCGGAUUACGCUGCCUCCACCAAGAGCAGAACCACAAACAUUGGCGGCCCCAACCGCUACUACGGCGUGCUCACGGACCAGGACGGUGACAAGCCCCGCGACUUCUUCUGGGGUGACCCCUGGCACUACGCCAUGUCUCGCAUUGUGGUGGCCGCGCGGGCGAAUGGCCUCCGGCCCGUGGAUGGUCCCUUCGGUGACAUCGCAGACCCUGAUGGCUACAAAGCGCAGUGCUUCCGGGGUGCAGCCCUGGGCAUGGAAGGGAAGUGGGCAAUCCACCCCAGCCAGGUGGCCAUUGCCAACGAAGUCUUCAGCCCUGGUGAGGCUGAGGUCGCCCAAGCCAAGCGCGUGCUAGAAGCCAUGGAGACGGCGCAACGCGAGGGCUUGGGAGCGGUCUCCUUGGACGGCAAGCUGGUGGACAUCGCCUCCAUCAAGCAGGCGGAUGCCAUCGUCAAGAAGGCUGAGGCCAUUGCCGCCAUGUGA